AUGGUACUAGCCGACACACAUCUCGUCGGAUACGUUCUAGGUCACCCCAUUGACCGCAUUAGAAGGGAUUGGCAAAUGAAGCGUGCUUUCCAAGCUUCCUUAUAUUUACAUAAUCCUAAUGCCGUUAUAAUAUUAGGAGAUAUUUUGGAUGAAGGGAAAUGGGCUACAAAUGAUGAUUUCAACUGCUUAGUGGAAAGAUUUCGUGACAUUUUUCAUCAUGAUAAAACGAAGACAUUAGUUAAAACUGUUGUUGGCAAUCAUGAUAUUGGAUUUCACUAUGCCACUAAUAAGUUUUUGAAUCAUCGAUUUCACCGGGAUGUUGGAAACAAUGUUUAUACACCGCCUAUUUAUUUGUGGUCUUUUUUUGGCAUCCAUUUCGUUAUUGCAAACAGUAUCGCUUUUGAAGGUGACAAUUGUGAUUUAUGUUUCGAAGCCAAUUUCAUAUUGAAAUCGAUCGCGAGAUAUCUUGAUUGUUUGAAGAUAUCUGCUCCAUCUAAUACCAAGAGUUGUUAUUCCAAGGAACUUGGUAUGGGCCUUUCUGACAAAUUCCCAUACAUUGAUGUUAACCUUAAUGAUCCAUCUUCUUUCGUCUAUUCACGUCCUGUUAUUUUACAACAUUUCCCCCUAUAUCGCACUUCUGACAGUGGAUGCUCUAUAAAACCAAUGGAUGCUAUGCCUAAACACUUGAGAAAAACUGUAAACAGACCGAAACUUGAUUGUCUUUCAAAAGAGGCAACAAAACAAUUACUGGAAUCUCUUCGUCCACGACUAAUACUAUCUGGUCAUACACAUUACUCAUGUAAAAUGUCACAUCAAUUUGGUAACCAAUCGGAAUCUGCUGUGGAAUGGUCAGUUGCUAGCUUCUCUUGGAGAAAUCUCGCAAAUCCUGGAUUUCUAAUGCUUUCAAUAUCGUCCACAAAUUAUUCAAUAAAUAAAUGUUAUCUCCCAACUGAGUUGCGUUUAUUACAAAUUUAUAUUUCCGGUGUUCUACUCAUAUUUUUUGUUGUCACUUAUCAAAAGUAUAAUAAAGUUGACAUGUCUAGAAAAACGGAUUCCAAAAAUGACGACCGAGUUAUUGGACCAGUUUUUCAACCUGAUGAUCUUGUUCCAUCCACUGGGAUAGGCCCUGCAUUACCCUCUGAUUUAUUCAAACAAAAAUUAAAUAAAGAGCCGGAAUCAGUCAAUUAUAAAUCUCCCACUAACUUUGAAGAGAUUGAUACUAUUGGUCCUUUACGACCGGGACAAGAAAUAAGAGAAGAGUGGCGGCAUCUGAAAUCUGGUUAUUCAGGGGGUUUAAGCCGUGUAACGGUAAAAAAUGAGAAGCUUAAACGUGAUACAUGGAUGACAGAGUUAUUACCUAGAUCAAGUGAUCUUAAUUCAUUGAAAUCACGUAAAUUUCGUCAAGAUAUAUCAACACCUCUUCAUGAUGCAUCAUGGUUUACUGCACCAAAUGAUGAUUCAAGACUAUCGUUAACUAGUAAUCAAACAAAUCAAUCAAUAAAGGACACUCUGAAAUAUCAACGAAACGAAGUAUACGAUCAGAAGAUGGCAAAGAUUGCUUCGGAAUGUCAAAUUUCAAAAGAAAAGUCAAGUUUACUUGAAUUGUAUGAGAAUAAACUCAAACACAAAUUAAAGAAAAAACAUGGAAAGAAAUCCAAAAAACAUAAGCAUAAAUCCAAGAAGCACAAAAAAGAACGUGGAAAGUCAUCAUCACCAUCUGGUAAAUCAAUAAGACGACCUUUUGAUCGUGAAAAAGAUCUUAAACUGUCCCGAGUUGAUACAGCUGCUCGAAAGGAAAUAAUUGAACAUUCCAAAAAGCUUUCCAGUCGUUUCAGCCAUGGUAGCCAACAGUAUUUAUAGUGUUUACAUUGUAAAGUCUUGUUUGCUUUUCGAAACACGUUUUCUCUUAUGUAAUCUCUUCUAAACUGUUGGUGUAUUAUGACUCUAUUUUGAUUAUUGUUUAUUUUUUUGUUACAAAAUCUCUUCACUAAAUUAAAAAUUGUGUUUAUUAAGUUCUAGGGAACAACAAAUGUGUAAAUACUUUUAUAUCGUUGAAUAAAUAAAUAUAAACAAUUUAUAUCUUAA